CUCCAGAGAUAUGGAAAUAACCCUGGCCCUCAUAAAGCCGCACGUGCUGCGGAACACCUAUGCGAUGCAACAGAUCCGGGCGCUGAUCUCCCAGAACUUCACAAUUCUCGACCAGAAGGAGGUUUGCAUUACGAAAGAACUCUCGGAGCGAUUCUACGCGGAGCACCAGGGAAAAUUCUUCUACCACCGCCUCACCAGCUUUAUGAACAGUGGACCCUGCUACGCUCUGAUUCUUCAGUCGGAGGCCUGCAUCCAGAAGUGGCGCAGUCUUCUGGGACCCACCAAGGUGUUUCGGGCCGUCUAUAGCGAUCCCAACUGCAUUCGAGCCCUGUACGGCCUGUCCGAUACUCGUAAUGCCUGCCAUGGAUCCGACAGCGAAGCAUCUGCCCUCCGGGAAAUCGGGAUCCUGUUUCCGGAGUUCGACGCCGCCGAAAGGCUGAAAAGGCAAGAAAAAGGACAGACGUAGCCUAUAUGACACCAUCUUGGGAUUAGUUCUACAGCAUUUCUAUAAUAAGCAGUUAAAUGUCAAAAAUUAUAGAGCAGUUUCAUAGAAAAUGCCUAUAAGGUUGUUAUAUAAUUUAUUAUUGUUAUAGCAUUGUUGUCUUUAAUAAUAAUAAUACAUAAAAU